AAGGACCGCGGCGCUGACUGUGAGGAGGAACUACGAGUCCCGUGAGGCGCGGGGCUGCUGAGGCGGCUGUUGUCGCGCAUGCGCCCAGGUGGCGGCGGGAAGCGAGGCGGGCAGGGGGAAAUUAUGAUAGCCCACAGACCAGUCCUAAUAGAAGGAAGGAAACUGUAGCUGCUCACAAAUGCUUCUCAACAGAAUGAAACUCCUACAGCUGCUGGGUAGGAAAUCGGAGAAACUGGAAAUGCUUUUUCAGCCACGUUUUUAUCAAAAGCAGUUCCCAUAUAUGUGUCUGGCUACCUCCGCUUGUCUUCAUAGCAAGAAGAAAAAAGUGAGCGGUUAUGAACAAGUUGACCAAGAAAAAUACAAAAACUUGGUGUGUUCUGUUACAUCUUACAAAGCCAGCGCUCAAACACCAGAGACAAUCUUUGAAGAAGACAGUUUGUUAUAUGGACAACCACUUAAACAUACAACUUCAAAUAAAGCUGAAACAAAAACUCCUAAGAAUUGGGUUUCUCUAAUAAAUCCCGCAAAGAGAAUUCUGUCUGUGAGCAGCAAUUCAAACCGCCCCAUGAAAAUUGCUUUACAAAAAAACCAAAUGCCCAGUGUUACCCGUGUUCUUCAGCAGACUAUGUCUCCGCAGCAGGCCUUUUAUCUAGAAAGAUGGAAGCAAAAAAUGAUACUGGAACUUGGGAAAGAUGGCUUUGCAGAGUAUACUAAAAAUCUUUUCCUCCAAGGAGAAUUUUUUCAUGCAGCUUUGGAAUCUAUUUUUCUGCCUGAAGAGAUGGCAACUAAGGAGCGAGGAGAAGAUUCUGCUGUUUCUGGCUACUUAUCAAGCGUGCAACAUGUCUUAAAAGAUAUCAGUGAAGUUAAAGCUCUGGAAAGUGCAGUUCAGCACGAAAAUCUUCAGUAUCUGGGCCUGGUAGACUGCGUGGCUAAAUAUCGAGGACAGUUGUGUGUGAUUGAUUGGAAGACAUCAGAGAAACCAAAGCCAUUUCUGCAGAAUACUUUUGAUAACCCGCUGCAAGUUGCAGCAUAUAUUGGAGCCAUAAAUCACGAUGCCAAUUAUGACUUCCAGGUUACUUGUGGACUCAUUGUGGUUGCUUAUAAGGAUGGCUGCCCCGCACACCCACACUUCAUGGAUCCAGAUCUCUGCUCCCAGUACUGGAAUAAGUGGCUUUUGCGUCUUGAAGAAUACAUGGACAGAAACUGACCCAAACUAAGCUAUGCGGAGGCAAGUGUUCUGAGCACAGAGCCAAAGCACAAAUCUUUUGUUUAAAUCUUUAUUUAGUAAUUCUGUUAUUAGUAACUUGGGCUAACCUCUGUCAUUUUUCCCUCUUAAAAAGAAAAAGGAAAAUGAGAAUGGGGAAUGCACAUUUGUAGGAGGCUUCAGUGGACCUGUUGGACAGAGAAGACCUAAAUCAUCCCUAUAUCUCUCCCUCCCAGUCUGUACAGUUUGUAGUUAUAGGAAGGUUUCUACAGUCAGUCAGCUAAAUCAAGUAAAAGCAGUUCGGGCAUCCUUUUGUUUUUGAGAAAAAGCUGAGACUCUGAAAAUGGAAAAAUAAAUGAAUAUUGUCGACUGGG